AAUGAUAUCACAUCAAAUUUGACGUUAUCGGUUUUUUUGGACUCUAUAUUUUGAGUUUUGACAGCAGUUUGAAGUUUCACUCGUCAAAAUUCAUUAUUUCUAAAUAGGGCUAAAAAAUGUCCUUAGCAAAAAUAUUUUCAGUGUCUACGCGAGUGCGCGCUUGCGGCGCGCUGAGCCGCGCGUACAGCGCGCCGGCGGGCAAGGCGGGCGAGUACCCGCUGCAGGAGAAGGGCUACAUGUACGUGAACCCCGAGCCGCAGGACAUGUCGUUCAAGGUGCUGUCCGACAAAGCUGCACAGACCAUGUUCUGGACGGAGCUGGCGAGAGGAUUCGCAGUCACCUUGGCUCAUAUAUUUAAGGAACCAGCAACCAUCAACUACCCAUUUGAGAAGGGGCCUCUGUCCCCACGGUUCAGAGGCGAGCACGCGCUGCGCCGCUACCCAUCUGGAGAGGAGCGCUGCAUUGCCUGCAAGCUGUGUGAAGCUAUCUGUCCGGCUCAGGCUAUCACAAUCGAGGCGGAGGAGCGCGCGGACGGUUCUAGGCGUACGACGCGAUAUGAUAUUGACAUGACCAAAUGCAUCUACUGUGGCUUCUGCCAGGAGGCGUGCCCAGUAGACGCGAUCGUGGAGGGCCCCAACUUCGAGUUCUCGACGGAGACGCACGAGGAGCUGCUCUACAACAAGGAGAAGCUGCUCCUUAACGGCGACAAGUGGGAGUCCGAGAUCGCCUCCAACAUCCGCGCCGACCAUCUCUACCGCUGAACUGAUGCCCAACUUACUCUAAUAGCUUUAGGGGCUGUUUUGCACUGAGCUCGUGUAUAGACCCUUGGAGGAAAUAUAAAUAGUUUUUUGUCUUCUGUGCUAGAAUAAUACAUUCAUGUCUAUGGGGUAUGAGCUAAAAAUGAAAAUGAAAUAAAUGAUAUGAUAUGAAAGGACAUUAUUCCCUUUCGAACGAGAAAACCUAGUCACUGAUUUAAACUUUCACGAUUAUUAAACAUUAUCAAACUACACAACGGGACUUAAUCGCGUAUUUAAGUUUUAAGAUCUUCUCCGAGACCACGGGGACAACGCCGUCCUCGAAACGUCGGAGGUAAAUCUUAAAACUUAAAUACGCGAUUAAGUCCCGUUGUGUAGUUUGAUAAUGAGAAAACCUAUUAACUGGCAUUAAGAAUGUUCUUUCAGAGGAACAGUUACUACACUAGUGGCUCUGUGAGCUGUUGACCUUGCGAGCAUAACUUAAAACUGAAUAUAUGUAUGGCUCCGCCAUUUUAUAAAUUUUCCAAAAACUAAAUUCACAAAAGAAUUAUAUUGUAUCAUCGGAACCUGGUCAGAAUUUUUUUCGUGAAGCGGUUGGUGAAUUGCGACUCGUAGAGGAGAAAAUCCGGACAUACGAAAGCAUUUCUGCCCAAGCUGAAACGGAGACCUUCGCUAACGCGUUGUUAAUAAUACGAGUAUGUAGAUCAAGGUAUCAGCUUUUCUCAUAUUAAAAAAAAGGUUUAUUUUCCUCCUGUGAUUGACCAAGGUAUCAAUAUAUCUACAACAAUGUGGGUAGUGUAAGUACCUACUUAUGAAAUAUUGUGACAGCAUGUAAAUAGAUAUUUGGGCUCGGCGCAAAAUAGCUCUUAAAUAUAGGAAUAUUAAGUUAUUCUUUUGUGAUAAUAAAUCAAUAUCUCAGUUA